AUGUCGCCAAAGACAAUCGCUGUGAAUCUAGCCGGAGGACGUGAAGUGCAAAACAAUAAGGUCCCAACAGAGCCAACCAAACUUCACGGGUGGUGCAAGCAGGGGUGGAUCUACUUUGCUCACAGUGGUCAAGACAAGCUUCGGUACAUUUUGUUAAAGGUGCCGGAUUACAACUUGCCAUUCAUCUGGAGGCGUGUAAAGGUUCUAAAAGAAAUACAGGGUGUGCAUGAUGAACACGAAGUGGAGUUCCUUAAAGAGAUGGCUGUGCUGAAAGCCAAGUACCAAAAUCUUUAUCAGCCUUUAUAUGCCAAGAGAUAUGAGAUUGUGAAUGGAUUGGUCGAGGUACAUGGAACCUUGAACAAUGCUAUAAAAGAUCAUGAUGAUGGGACGAAAGGCAUUCCAAACUUUUGGCUCACAGUGCUAAAAAACAAUGAAGUGCUUGCUCAUAAGAUAUUCAAGAGAGAUGAAGAAUUACUUCAGUAUCUGCAAGAUAUUAAGUGGAGUAUGAUGGAAAGUCCAAAGGGAUUCAAGCUGGAAUUCUUCUUCAACAAAAAUCCUUAUUUCAAGAACUCUAUUUUGACAAAGAUAUAUCACAUGAUUGACGGAGAGGAACCUAUUCUCGAGAAGGCAACUGGGACGGAGAUUGAAUGGUAUCCUGGAAAAUGCUUGACUCCCACAAGUCCCAUGGAGAAAUUGGUGGAGAAAAAAGCGAAUUUCGUUAGCAAAAGUAAAGAGCAUAAGAGUUUUUUUCAUUUCUUCAGUCCACCUGAAAUCCCGGCUCGCCGUGAUAACUUGGACGAGGAGUCUGCUGACAAGUUUGAGAAAUACAUGGAGCAAGAUUAUGACAUCGGAACGACAAUUAGAGACAAGAUCAUCCCGCAUGCCAUCAAAUGGUUCACUGGGGAGGCUCAGGCUAGUAGCUAUGAUCAUGAUGGAGAUGAGGAUAGUGAUGACGAGGAAAGUAAUGAUGAAGAUUACUCUGAUGAGGAAAGUAACGAUUGA